AUGGUAGUACUGCCGGUGCUGGGCCUGGUGCUGAGUCUUGCCGCUGCACAGUUCAACAAGGAAGUUGUUGUGCGGAGGAACUACAACAUGGCCAGGAUUUCCGGGGUCUGGUGCCCUAUUUUUAUGGCCUCAAACAACAUGACACGCAUUGAAGAGAACGGAGACCUGAGGAUCUUAAUACAGAACAUCAAUCUCUUAAAGAAUGGCAGCCUGAAGUUUAACUUCUUCUUCAUGGUGCAAGGAGAAUGUGUAGCUGUGGCCAUGGUUUGUGAAAAGACAAUGAAUAAUGGGGAGUUCACCAUUGCCUAUGAGGGGGAAAACAAGGUGCUGCUCUUGGAGACUGACUACAGAAUGUAUGCCACCUUCUACAUGGAGAACAUCAAGAAUGGAACUGAGACCCAUGUGCUGGCACUCUAUGGACGCAUCCCAGAGCUUGACAGGUCUUACCUGAAAAGAUUUAUAAACACCUGCAAAAAUUAUGGACUGGAUUCACAAAAUAUCAUCAGCUUGACAAACAAAGAGAACUGCUACGCCAGCCCACAGAAGAACUAG